GCUUCCCAAGAGAGGCACUAAGCCCAAGCUCAGCAAAGAAUUAACUAUAUGGAGCUGCAGCCAUGCUCAUAUGAAGAGAAAGCAGCCAGCCCCUGUGAAUCAGGCCAACAGGAUGAAGGUGCAGGGCCCACCACAACAUAUAAUCUAACAGAAGCCACUAAUGUGAUAAACAUAGAAGAGUAUCGAAUAAUCCAUGUUCCAGAGGUAUCUCCUGUUGCCUCUGCCCACGAGUUGGUGGUAAUGGAUGAAGAGUGGGUAGAAGAGGUUACUAAGGCUCACCGAGGGUUUGGUGUUCCAACGUUUUACAAGGGCCCUAAGGGUAAAGACUGUAUCACUAAGCCACUCUCCAUUUUCUUUCCAGAUGGGACCGGUCAGAUUUAUUAUCCAUCAGGGCACGUAGCACUGAUUAUCUCUCAUACAGAAGACAGCGAUAUCUUCACCUACAUGAUUUUCAAAGAUGAAGAAAAAUUAUCCUUGCUGGCCCUCCUCAACAACCUGGGACACGCCACCUUCUACAACGAAGAUGAGAACAUCUGGUUGUCUCUGGGAUUGAACUUGGGCUUCUACUUUGAUGAAAAAGGAAAACAGAAGGCUUGGAACUGGUGGGACCCAAAGCAACAUAUCCAUGCACCCCCUUAUCAGUCAAUUAACUUUGAACUCAAUUCAUGCAUUGAUGUCCACAUUAAAACCCAGGAUAAAGUGCUUAUCACCUUCACUUACUACAAGCAAAAAAUCCACUUAAAUCUGGGCACCAAGGUCAAGGUGAAAGACUCUGAGACUGAGACACAACUGCAGAACAAGCCAAUCCUGGAAACCCACAAAAUGCAGGAGCAAUUCCAAACCGCAAACAGUCUCCUGAAGAAAAUGAAAGGGCUGAACCGUCUGAGCAAAUCUGACCUGGAGAACUUCAUCCAGGGCUACUCACCCAUGUCCAUGGUGGAAGAACGUCUGCGUGCUGGCAAGCUCAGCAUGCUCUUCACGACUCCCCCGAGGGCAUAGAUCAAGUGAUGAUGAAGCCAGGGCAGCCUGUCCGGGCUUUCUCCAUCCUCCUAAGGAAGCCCUCCCCGCCCUCUACCCAUCGAAGGCCCAAGGAGCCUUAGAGUCAUAGUGGGGCAUUUAAGACCCAGACCCAGCCUCUAGUGCUGGGGAGGGGGUGGGGCUUUUAGGGGGUUGGUUAGUUUGUGUUCUAGGUUGACAGGCUCCAUCUGCUCCAGCACAUAAAAAUUAACACUCUGCUGUCUUUGGACAGGAUUCAAAGUUAAUUACAAUUUGAAGCUGGGCAGGCCGAACUAGGGGGCAGCUGGGUGGCAUGGUGCACAGAGAAGCCAAGCCUGGAGUCAAGAAGACCUGAAUGCAAAUCGGACCACAGACACUU